UUCCCCAUUAUCCACCAUCAUGUUUAUGCAGAACCUGAUCCCGGACCUGUCUCUUGCAUCAGAAUCAGACAAAAACACUGAAGGAACAUUCUUUCACGUAGCGCCGCAGCUCUACCACUACAGCAGCAGCAUUUGUUCAAGAUGUAGAGACAUUUUUAGCUCUUUUUAAAUGUAUCUGGAUAAAAGCUGCUUCCUGAACAGCCUCAGUUCAAAGAAAUAGUUACGUUGGACAGGACUGAUAAGCUUAUGGCUAGUUUGAGCUUAGCCAACACCAACAUGUGUUGAUGUGUUAGGUUGGUCCACUCUACUAAAUAUUAUAUUACUAUUAUGAUAUAAAAGUAAAAUGCCGUAGGGUUUUCCGUGCUGGAUUAGUCACAAACAGAAAACUCUGGUAAAAUGUCAGCAAAUACUAAAUUGAUGUGAAUCUAAAGGAGCUUUUUCUUUCUAAUUCCUUGCUUCACCAGUAAAGUUGACAAUGAUUUCAUGUGUCUGUCCACUGAUUCCAGGCAUGGGCGUUUCUAGCCUGUUUUUGGGGGGGCUGAAGCACUGCUAAAGUUUGACAUUUAAUCAUCUAUUUAUUUUUACUGUUUGUGGUGGUUUUUAACACAUUAGUAAGAUAUAAAAAGCAUACAGUAGGUCAAAAUAUUAUGUUUUAAAAACAAUAGUACAGCAAAUUUCCUCCGUCUCAAAAAUGGUUUGAUCCUGCUCACCUUUCCAGACUCUGCUCUGAGGCUCUGAGCCUUCCUGAUUGGCUGCUAUGCUGCCGUUAGGGUGGCUAAGGUUCCUGCUUUCCGUGGGACAGUCCUGAAUCUACAUUAUUUUUCUCGGGUCCUGCUAAUUGAGAUACCGUCCGACAUUUUUGACUGUCUCCGAUUUCGUCUUUAAAUCUUGUAUAAGUCAAUAAGACGCAGGUCCGGAGCUCGCACCGCUCACGAACCUUCAAACUAAAAAGAAAUGACGGAGUGAUCCUGGUCCAAUAGGAGAUGAGCUGCUGUUACAAUAAAGACUGAAGGUUAAAGCUGCUCAGGUUCCUUAGUAAUCAGACAGGCUGCUGCUACAAAAGCCCAAUAAUACGACUCUUAACACCGACACAGUGCUUGUGUUGUUUCAUAGCCAAACCCUUUAGAACAGUUGAAAUAAUCUAAUUAAAGCCUUGAUUAUUUAUUCUGUGACGUCUAAGAGAAAAAAGUCAGAACUUUAAGUUUAAACUAACUUUUAACAGAGAUCAAAGUCACUGAUUUUGUUUUCUCUCCCUUAAACAUCAGCUGUAAGAGAUUAGUUAUCAGUUUUGCUAAACCACCAUUUUGUUUUUGUUAGUUUUUAAAAUUAAGAGGGAAAAAAGACUAAUUAUCAAAAAGUUUGGAUUUAUUUUUCAAUGGAUGUUGAUAUUAGUGGAAAUAAGUAAAAUGAUCUAAAAAUUAUUACUGGUACUUUUAGUUUCAUUCUAGGGCUGGGCGAUAUGGACCAAAACUCGAUAUCUUUUUGCUGAAUUCUGAUAUACGAUAUAUAUAUCUACUAGUAGUAGUAGUAGUAACGAGUAGAAAUCCAAGAUGGCGGCACCCUGUGAGAGUGUUGCUUUUCUGUCUCCUUUCUGUCUCUUCAAGGGGAACUUUUUUUUCUCACAGAGGAGUUAGGAAACAAAAUUAAACAAUACAACACUGAAAGACAAAAGAUGCCACCCAAGAGAGUAUUGCAGACGGAAUACGAUAUGGAGGACAUCCGUAAGUCAAUAAACAGCAUGUCUGAGGAGCUGGCUAAGGUAACGCAACAGCUGCUUAAGCUCACAGAACUUUUUGAGGAAGUAAAGCUACUAAAGAAGACCAUAAUUGAACGGGACAAGAUCAUUGAGGAACUUGAAAAAAGGAUUGAUAACCUGGAGCAGUAUACACGAAUGGAGGACGUGAUAAUUACCGGGAUGAGUGUUAAACCUCGCUCAUACGCAAGAGCCGCAGCAGGAGGGAGAAAUAUUGACGAAGAUGCCGAUCCAGAGGACACAGUCGUUGGAAGGGCAAGUGGUGCGUUUCUUGGCUGGGAAGAAUAUACAUCUGGAUGCUGGGAAUAUUGCUGCCUGCUAUACUCUUCCGAGGAAAGAUAAGUCCAAACCUGCCAUUGUUUUGAAGCUUGUAAACAGGAAAUGUAAAAUGGAACUGAUGAGGCAAGGGAAGAAGUUGAAGGGUUCUGAGGUGUACUUGAAUGAGCAUCUUAUGCAGAAAACAGCCAAAAUUGCACAUGAAGCCCGCAACCUGAGGAAGAACAACAAGAUAAAGAUGAACUGGACGAGGAAUUGCAAGGUUUACAUCCAACUGAAGGGGACCACACCCGAACAAGCUAAAGUAGUUAUGGGAUGAUAAUUUGGAGGAGGUGAUGGAACAAGGUGAAACUAAAAAAGAAGGAUCUUCACAAAUGUUAUCUUGUCUGGGAAUUGAAGCAAACAUUGACGAGGAAGAGUUAAACAAUAUUCAAAUCUCUGUGAUGGAGUCAUCAGAUGACACAUGGUCACCACACAGAGAACCAGAAGUUGAUUCGUCUUCAGAGGAGGACGAAACCAUCGAGAUGGACAGCGGUACUGAUGACAGCGGUGAUGAGGACUACACACCUUAUAUACACAUAAGGACUGGAGCAGCAUUACAAAAAACAUUACAACUUGAGACUCUGCAAGAAAUUAACAUAGAGGAUACAGUUCAUGACUGUAAUAUCCCAGAAGCAACUGACCAACGUUUGACAAGCAAGAAAGGUCUUCCUCGACGCUACAAGCUAAGGCCUGAGGAUCCAAGGCGUUAUGGUUUGCUGUCCGGAGUUCCUGCACCAUCAACAGAGGAACUUCUACAACACCUAAGGACUUGCGGUGAUGGUAAACUUUGCCACAGACAUAGGUGUUGGGGGAGGCAAGAGAAAACCAUAAACAUUCUUUAUUUUUGUUUCCUGUGUUUUUUUUUUUUUGUUUGUUUUGUUUUUUUGAAAAUAAAGAUAUAUUUUGGGGAAAUAAGGACUAAUAAUUUCAAAAUUUAUGUAAAAUGUUGGAGGUAGACAUAAUUUUUUGUUGUUGUGCAGGAGUUUUAAAAUUUAUGGUAUUUUUACAAAUACAAAAAGUUAUGCUUUAGACCACUUUAUUAGAGCAUCAAACAAAAAUAUCUAAAAACAAACUUAUGUAAAAUAUCAAAUAUAUACAUUUAUUUACAAUCGUCUUGGAAUAAAACCAGUGUAGUUACCAUUGGGGUCAGGGAAUUUUGCAGAAUAAACUCCUCCAUGUGUGGUACAGUUGAAAUACAUGUCUGGGGAGGCUGUUGGCAGCAUUUCUUUUCCAAAUCAGUUGGCAUAUCU